UUAUUUCUGGUGUAUGACGAGGAUUUAAGGAAUUUGUUCAAGAAAGUGGUGUGGUGUGAUGAAAGAGGUGGAAGUGGUUAUGGACUUCUACUAAUUUCGAAAACAAUGGAAAAGAAUGAAGAAGAUGAGGUUAUUUGCGAAACAUUUAUGGUGAAGAGAUCUCAAAACAAGAAGUAUUUCACACCCAUCAAUUACAAGGAGAGGUGGUUGGUGCUCACUCGUCGGGCUCUCGUUUACUAUGACAAUGCCAACGAGAAGCGCAAGGAGCGCGGGAGAAUCGAGACUGAAGCGAUACACACGGUGGAGCAAGCGGAGCUGGGCGAGCUCUGCAAGCAGCUCCCCGAGAGCGACGGCGACAGCGCGCUCUUCAGGUAUCCCUUCCAGGUGGGGUACACCGAGCGCGGCACCGACUAUACGUUGUACCUCGUCGCCGGCAGCAACGCCGAGCGGGUGCAGUGGAUUAACUCCAUCAGAUCAGUGUGCAUAUCGAACGGGCGGGCGCGCGCGCGCUACCACCCGGCCGCGUGGUCGCGCAGCUGGUCGUGCUGCGACGCGGAGCGGCGAGCGGCGCCGGGCUGUGCGCUCGCCGCCGUCUGGGCGCCGGAGCCCGAGCCCGACCUGCUGCAGCAUAAGGAGAACAGGAACACUAGUAACUUACAACCGGUGACUGCAGCGGUCACCAUGCCCGGGGGAGGCGGCGCGCCUCCCGGCACUCCGUCAGCUAAACUUAAAGAAAAACAAAGAAAAGUUGUGGUUGCCCUUUACCCGUUUAAGGCAAUUGAAAGCGGAGACCUCUCCUUAGAAAAGGGAGCGGAAUAUGAAGUUAUCGAUGACUCGCAAGAACAUUGGUGGAAAGUAAAAGACGAAAAUGGGUCCGUUGGAUUCAUCCCUAGCAAUUACGUGAAAGAAAAGGAAACAUUAGGACUCCAGAAGUACGAAUGGUACGUGGGCGAGAUGUCGCGGCAGCGGGCCGAGUCGCUGCUCAAGCAGGAGGACAAGGAGGGCUGCUUCGUGGUGCGCAACUCCUCCACCAAGGGCAUGUACACGCUCUCGCUCUACACCAAAGUAAACCACGCGCAAACAAAACACUACCACAUAAAGCAGAACAGCCGCGGCGAGUUCUACUUGUCGGACAAGCACUGCUGCGCCUCCAUCCCCGAGCUCAUCAACUACCACAAGCACAACAGCGGCGGGCUGUGCUCGCGGCUCAAGGCCACGCCCUGCGACCGGCCCGCGCCGCCCACCGCCGGCCUCAGCCACGACAAAUGGGAGAUCGACCCGUCGGAGCUGGUGCUGCUCGAGGAGCUGGGCGCGGGGCAGUUCGGCGUGGUGCGGCGCGGCAAGUGGCGCGGCCGCAUCGACACCGCCGUCAAGAUGAUGAAGGAGGGCACCAUGUCCGAGGACGACUUCAUCGAGGAGGCCAAGGUCAUGACCAAACUGCAACACCAGAACCUGGUGCAGCUAUACGGGGUGUGCUCCAAACGACGGCCCAUCUACAUCGUGACGGAGUACAUGCGGCACGGCUCGCUGUUCAACUACCUGCGCCGCACCGCGCCCGACCAGCUGCCCGCCGCCGUGCUGCUCGACAUGUGCAUACAGGUGUGCAAAGGAAUGGCGUAUUUGGAGAGGCAUAACUACAUCCAUCGAGAUUUAGCUGCAAGAAAUUGCUUAGUAGGAGACGAAAACGUAGUAAAAGUGGCGGACUUCGGUCUGGCGCGGUACGUGCUGGACGACCAGUACACCAGCUCGGGCGGCACCAAGUUCCCCAUCAAGUGGGCGCCGCCCGAGGUGCUCAACUACACGCGCUUCUCCUCCAAGUCCGACGUGUGGGCCUUCGGUGUUCUGAUGUGGGAGGUGUUCACGUGCGGCCAAGUGCCGUACGGGCGGAUGAAGAACACGCAGGUUGUGGAGAUGGUGCAGCGAGGACAUCUGCUGGAGAAACCUGAUGGCGCCUCACCCGUCAUAUAUAAUGUGAUGCGCGCGUGCUGGCGCGCCUUGCCGGACGAGCGGCCGUCGUUCCGCGCGCUGAAGGAGGAGCUGGCGGGCGUGGCGCAGGCCGUGCUGGCCGACUGACUGCGCCUGCUGCUCGCGCUGCUGCGCCCCGCGCCCCCCGCCCCCGCCCCCGCCCCCGCCCCCGCCCCCGCCCCCG